GCGGCCGUGAUUGAAUCGAGAGCAUCCUUGUUUGGACAUGCCCGAGUAAGCGGCGUUGCGCAAGCCCACAAGCUCCGUCGACGACAGCGCAGGAACCGACGCGAGCGCCGUCUUCUCGGCUAGCGGGUCGGCAUCGCGGUCCCCCCCUUCCCCCCAUCCCUUUCUCUGAGAGGGCUCGGUGGAGUGCGAUAGCGGCAAGGGAUAAGUGGCUGCGGGUCGGCUGCUUCGGGCUCAGUGGACCUUUGAAGCACCAUGCUGAUCAGGCUCCUAGCACUGUCCUGCUGGGCAGUGGCUACCUGCUACGCAGGGCCAUUGCCUCAGGAUGGCAUCUCUAGGGAUUGCAAAUCCCCCAUGACGACGCAACAGACGAUACUGUACACGUACGUGGGCGAGAACCGCAUCGAGAACCAGGACGCGCAGCAUCACGUUCAAGUGAAGGCCAACGUCGAAGUCGGAGUCGUCUCGCCAUGCAUCUUUUCUUUCAAGUUGGCCGACGUAGACCUGCAAGGGGUCAGCGUGGCCAACCGGUACGCGUUCAAGGAAGCCCUGGAACGGCAUCCGAUGACCGUGUACAUCGAGGAUGGCAUCGUUGGCGAGAUACGUCACAAUGCGGAAGAACUGCCGUGCCUGAACGUCAAGAGGGCCAUCAUCUCCAUGAUGCAGAUACCUCGCACAGCUCUCGACGCCAACAGCAUCGUGUCCGAGACUGACGUGUUUGGAACCUGCGAGACCCGUUACACGCCCGGAAACAUCGGUCGCUCCGGUGGUACCGUGACCAAGUCCAAGAGCCUGGCCACGUGCUUUGGCCGCUUCGGCAGCUCCCUGCCAAUCAUCUACACCCCGUAUGAGUCCAAGGCUUCGCCGUUCCAGACAAUCCCAAUGACGAACGGCAGCUUCGUGUGCCAGCAAUCGGUGGAUGCCAACCGCUGGAUCACCAAGGCCGAGUGCAAGGAGCAGGAGUACCUCCACCUCGCCGCCAGGGGUCUACGCGAACAGACCACGGUCACUUCCACGGGAGUGCUCAUCAUGCAACAGAUCUUCCCGUCGGUCAAACCCGUUCCUGAAACGGUGAACGUCAGGUCCACGCUCAAGUUCGACCACAGCGUGACCCGCACUGAGAAGACUGAGUCAAAGGACGUCAUUGGCCUGCUGCGCGACCUGUGCCGCAGCAGUCAUGAGGACAUCCGGCCCGAAGCCAGCGGCAUCUUCGCGCGCCUGGUGGCUGCACUCCGGGGUCUUCCUCCUCAAGCGUUGAGGCAGAUCUACAGCAAGGUGUCCACCGGCGAACUGUGCUUCGACAAAAAGAUCGAGCAUCUGUUCUUGGACGCACUUCCUCUAGUCGGAACCGAAGCGUCGCUCAAGCUGACUGUAGAACUGAUGAACAAGCCUGAACAUGCAGACCGUUCGACGGCAUGGAUUGCAGGAAUCAGCUCCAUCAGCUACCCCACCGAAGGAAUGAUCUCAACUCUGGCCCCUCUCAUCAAGAAGGCGAGAGCACCGCGCAGCGCCAUCCUCGCUGUGACGUCGCUGGCCCAUGUGUUCUGCCGCGAUUACCACGGCAACUGCGACGACGUGCCGGCCAUCCGUGAAGUCCAGGCAGCCCUCACCAAGCAGCUCGGCUUCAAGUGCAGGGCCGAUGAUGCCACUGCGAGGAACAGGGUUAUAACAGCUCUGAAGGGUUUCGGUAACCUUGGAUACUAUGGCGAGGGUAUCAACACCAUCAUCGAAUGCGCCAUCUCCAGCAACAGUCCUCUGCCUGUCCAAAUUGCGGCCAUCCAAGCAACCAGGAGGUCUUGUGCUCCGGAGAUGCAUCCCAAGCUCAUGGAACUGAUGAGCAAUCCGAGCGAGGACGUCGAAAUUAGGAUCGCCUCUUAUCUCGCUGUCAUGAACUGCCCCACCAUGCAAGAUAUAAUGGACAUCAAGAAAAUGCUCGAGAAGGAGGAGAUCAAUCAGGUGGGCUCUUUCAUCUGGUCGCACCUGAAGAAUCUCCAGAACACGGAGUCACCCACCAAGAUGGCGGUGCGUUCCCUGGUCUCCGGCAUCUACGUGCCAGGCAAGUUUGACAGCGACGCACGCAAGUCCUCGCAGAACAUUGAGUGGUCCGAGCUGUCCGAGAAGUACAAUGUCGGAGGUACCGCCGAGGCCAACGUCGUCUACAGUCCCAAGUCAUUCAUCCCACGUUCCAUCGAUCUCAACUUGACCGUGGACCUCUUCUCGCAUUCCAUCAACAUCUUCGAGGUUGGCGGUCGCGCCGAGGGAUACGACCACAUGCUCGAGAGUCUUCUCGCUCCAAAAUCGCAUCUGAAAAGGACCAAUGAAGUCGACUCGUUCUGGAACCGCUUCAGCAACAGCCUUGGCCGAUCUCGACGGGCUGCCUCGGCGAAGAACACCAAGGUCGACAUCUUCGACGACAAGGUGAACAUCAGGAAGGCAAACGAGCCUAGCGGAUCACUUUACUUCCGCAUGUUCGGCAACGAGCUGUCCUGGUUUGAACUGCCCACCAUGGAAGACAUCGGAAACUUCAUGAACGGCGUACAGACGAACAGCUGGCUCGAGAAGAUUAUGAGCAAGAAGCAGAACGAUAUCGCCCGCAGCGCCAUGCUUGUUGACACCACCGUGACAGUGCCCACAGUCACCGGCUUUCCAUUCCGGGUUGACCUUAAGGCGACAGUGACCGGCGGUCUCAAGACCGAUGGCCAGAUCAACCUCGCCAACGCUCCCAACGACAUGCUCAUCGAAGGUUUCAUCAAGCCCAGUGCUUCAAUCGACAUGAGUGGUCUGAUGUCCAUCGACGCCGGCGUUGCCAAGCGUGGAAUUCGAAUCCUGUCGACCAUGCACACAUCCACAGCGCUAGACGGCAAGAUCGAGAUCAAGCCCACCGGCGAGAUGAACUUCAAGUACAACAUGCGCAACGACAAGCAGGAGAUCCUGAACAUGAAGACCGAGAUCUACUCUGUUGAAGCCGAGACGGAGACGCCCCUGAUGGCGCCAUCCGUCAAGGAGUUCAACGGCUGCACUCAGACCCUGUCCAAGGCCCUGGGACUGAGCAUUUGCGCGAGGGGCAAAGUGCCCAAACCCUUCUUCAACUACAAGGGUCUCAACCUUCCUUUCGACUUCAGCAUCAUCCUUCAGAAGAAAGACCUCACCAUGGAGGGAUACGAGAUCAAGAUGAAGUACCCGAUGGACAUUUCGAACCCCAACCUGUUCUACCAGUUUAUCUUUGACACUCCGGGAUCCGCAAUCCAGCGCAAGCACAUCAUCGAGUUGGCCAUCAACAAACCAGCCGAUGGAGAGAACACCAUGCACUUCCUGUACCACUGCCCAAUGAAGAAGAUCGAAGUGUCGACUGCGCUAAAGGCACACAGCAGCCCUGCACAAGUGAUGUUCGAGGCGAAAGUGGACGACAACCGGCGCUACUUUGUCAAGCUGGACAUGCCUUACGGGCAGAGUUUGAACGCGGUGUACUUCGAGCCGAGGCUCGAGAUGGGAUGCCCCGCGACGCAGCCCUUCCUGCUGCAGGGAAGGAUCGAUGGGAGCUCCUCGGAACUCUCCUUGAACCUGCAGUCCAACAUGCCAGCAGAGAAGCCCGUCUUCCUUAGAGCUACUGUCUCCAUCGAUGAUAACAAAGUCCAGGCGGACCUGUCCACGAGGAUCCCGAUGUUGGAGAUCAACUUCAACUCGCUGUCGACCAAGCCCCAGGAGAGCACGAUCGUGACAGCCGCCACGCUGGAGUAUCAGUGGCGCGGACUGAGGAAGCACACCGCCAAGCUGAACGCCAAAACCAAGAACCUGAGCACCGAGCACAUGGCCAAGAGUGCUAUCAACGCCGAGAUGCAGUUCAGCGAGUUUCCCGAGUACAACUGGAAGCUGAUCACUGAUUUCCAGAAGGCUCCUGGAGCCCAGCACAAGGAGCACGACAUCAAGCUCUGGUGGGGUGAGGACUUUGGCGAGGACCAGCGUCACAUCCACGUGCUGACCAUUUCCAAGCAGGAUGGCGAGUACAGGCAGGGCAGCAAGGGAAGCAGCGAGGGCCGACUCGUCGUCCUCGCGCCCGUGUGGGACAUCGAUUUCAACGGUUUCUUCAACGCUAUGCUCGACCUACAGGUGAAGGGGCUUGGCACCUUCAAUGGAGAGUUCCAGAGCCACGGUGAGCGGGUGAUGCAGAUCGAGAUGAACCACAACCUGGAGUCGCGCUCCCCAUUGCGACUCUUCCUGAACGCUCGUGUCGAGACACGUCACUUCCGCUUCCUGUAUUCAGAUCAGCUGGAAGAGCGUAACCCCAACCAGUACGUGGGCCGCACCAACGUUGAGUGGGGACGUGAGGGCAAGAGCAUCGCCACCGAGUAUGUCGUCAUGAGCCGCCAGGGGCCUGACAAUAGCCUUCACGACGUCGAGUACAAGAUUAGCUACCCAGGCAUGAGGAUGCCUGCCGUACACAGGACCAAGAUCAGGACGACCCGCGGUACGUUGGAUGCCACAUCUUCGACCGAGGUGAACGGCGAGAACUACAUCCUCAUCUCCGUCCAGAACACACUCAAGCUCAAGGAGUUCCGUUUCGAGAGUACACUCCUGCAAACCAAGCUCUCCAAGGCCACAAAGGGCCAGAGUGCCAUCUACGUGGCCGAGCUGAGGCCGAAGUUCGCGAUGAUCAAUGCUUUCUUAGCGACCAUGCAGGUGAAGGGAAACUCCAGGAACAACGCUGAAGUGCAGGCCGAGCUCCUGUGGGACGCCGACCGAUACCCCGACAGGAAGGUGCGCUUCAGCUCGAGCCACGUCAAGAUCUCGACCGAUGGUCACCCUGCUUUCCGUUACAGCGCCACAUUGCAGCACGCCACUGACAUGAGCAUCACCGCCAGUGGCACUUACAGCGUGGACCUGUCACAAGGUCCUUUCGCUAUUGAAAUCGGUGUGGGUGGCACCCACCUUACCCCAAGGACUGUCUCCCUUUCUUACACGCGCCGCGAGACAUCAGCAAACGUCAUGUUCGGCUACACCCGGGCCGGAGCCGACCAGUUGAGGAUCGAGUACAACCGCAACGAAGCCAACUCCGUGCAGCAGUUCGAUGUGAGUGCCACAUCAGUCCAUCCCGAGCUGAACGGCAAGCGCUUGAACAUCGUGCGCAACCUGGGUGGGCCCAGGUACUUCAAGAUUCAGUACGAGCACUCGGCGAACGAGAUCUAUGGCCUCGAGCUGACCGACUCUUCGGGAAACAACCGCAUCAACACAAACUUGAAGAUUCGCAGCCCUCACCUGCGCUAUGCUUCGAAUGAGAUCACGCUUACUGGUGACUACUCUCCAGCUCGGACGAACCUCAUCUUCGAGGCAUACACUCAGUCGGAGAUGGAAUACCGGAUCACCUUUAACUACGAGCUCACCGGCAACACCGCAUUCGCGACGUCUCUUGCUAUGGAGGUCCCGAAAGGAAGCUUCCGCAACGGAAAGGUUUCUCUGAGGCUCAAUCGCAGCCCCGAGACCACAGAAGGUCAGCUCUUGGUCGAGCACAACGAUCGUGUCGAGCUCGACCUCACGGGCAACGUGCGCACGCAGUCUGCUAACAACUUCGAUGGCAGGAUCGCGCUCAGGUCGCGCCGUGAAGACUUCGAAAUCCUGGUGUCGAGUCGCUCGAGCGCACUCCUCAAUGGAGUCUACGAGCUGAAGAUCAUUGACCAGUCCAACAAUCCUAUCACCGCAACUCUGACACUAAGCGACAGGCCUCGCGAUUUCACCGGCACACUGGACCUCUCUGGCUGGCUAUUUGAACGGCGGCCGUACCUCCAAGUGGAGAGGAAGAUUCCCGAAGCUGAACACCGCGUGUACUCCUUGAAGGUCGGUGAUACGAACAGCGAGGUCGUCCUCUUGGCAGACACCGCAAAACGAGGCGACGUGCGCGUCACAACGUUCAAGUAUCAGCCGCGGGACAAGCCUCAGAACUGGGCCUCGGUGACUAUCGAGAAGAACGACUGGACCCCCAGCACUGAAAUGCUGAUGGUCACAGUCGAGCCGAAGGCCAACUUGAAGACAACAUUUGACUUCUUGUACCUCAUCACGAAGGGCUCCCUCAAGAGCAAAUUCAUCUGGACUCUGGAUGACCUCAAGCUGGGCUAUGACCUCAAGAGCAAGGCCGAGGGUGACAACGCGUACAACUCGCUGCUCAAGAUCCUCUACCUAAGGCGCGAGAUUGACGUGCACAACCACUAUUCUCACACACCGGACUCCAUGGAGCUCUCCACCAGGAUUCUCCUCAACGCCAUCAUGAUGCCCGACCGGGCUCUCGAGAUGACCUACAGGCACAACAGGAUCCAGAAUGGCUGGGAGACCACGGCGGUCAUCAGGCACCCAACGUUCUCUAACGACAUCACCUUCAACGGGAAGAUUCAGAAGGACAUCUCGGAAUCCACUCCUCUGCUUGUGUCUGCACAACUGCAGCCAGGAGAUGCCUCAAACAAGAUGUACUUCAACCUUGUUGAGAAGCUGAAUGAGAUCACGGCGACCAACAAAUCGGUUCACAUUCACAUCCAUCACGAAGACCGCAGUCUGUUCGACACCAGCAUGACGGUAUACCACACCAUCACACCCGAGCGGCCCGUCUUUGCCGGCUACUACUGGUCGUGGAACACUCAGAAGCAGGGGCCCAAGCGAGGACAUGCCACCCUCUUCGUAGGACGUAACGGAGCUGCAGAACUCAAUUACGACUCCAUUCUGGGAAAGUGGACGGCGACCGGCCAGUCCCAGAGGGCCCCCAAUGGGGACGAGACGGUGGACGUCGUGUUCCAAGGGGAACGCGAGCAGUUCCGCGGACGCAUCAUCUACAACCUCAGACGGUACCGAUUCGAGGGCCUCACAUUCGACGAACAGGGCAAGACGUCCAAGAGCCUGGAAAUAUCCGCUUCCAACUCGACCCGCAACGCUGCGCUCAAGGUUGAGUUCAGCCACUUCGAGGACAACAACAAGAUGACCGACUUCAGCUACUCCUUCGAGAAGCGCGGGGACAAGGCUUACAGGAGCAAGCUGUUCUUCCCACCGGAGAAGAUGAGAACCAUCCAGACGGCAAUGAACGAGGUAGGAGAAAAUAUUUCCGAGAUCGACAUCUCCAACUUUGUCAGCGACGUGUCCGACAUGGCUGUCGUCUCCGGCAAGUACUUGGACAAGAACUUCUUCUCUCCGCUGACGAACCUGCUGUUGGACGAAUUCGGCGAGAUCAUGGGUGAAGCGGUGAUUGCACUCAGCGACGUUCUCUACGAAAGUCCGUUCGGAGAGCUCAUCGCUCACUUCCAACGCUGGGUCGAAUCCCUCUUCAAGAUGGCCGGCGAAGAGAUCAAGAUGUUCAUCGAGGAGCUUUCCCGGACCGUCAGUCGACUGCAGGGUUUCUUCAGCGGGGUUCGCGGCAGGCGUCGCCGCGACGUGUCUCAGCGUUGGACUGAGCUGAGUGACUACGUGUCCCGCAUGGUGGACGACGUGCGCAAUGCACCUAUCGUGCGACAGGUCACCCGCAAGGUGGAGGAUGCAGCUGAUUACGUGACAGACAAGAUCUCCGAGAUGCUGUACCGUGCACGCCGGGCCGUCUGGGAUGCUGUCGAAGCCAUUAAGGAGAACCCUGACUAUCGAUCGCUGGAGUCGCUCAUUGGCGAGCUCUACGAACCAGGCACAUAUGGAGCCAACACCGAAUUCUGGCAGAACCUUCAGAGGAACCUGAGGGAGUCGGUCACUGCUCGCGACGUGGCCGUGCUGCGCGAGGCUGACCACAAGAACGGCAAGUACAUCGUGGACUUCAACCUGCCUACCGACCUGGACUCUAUCCGCCAGAGCUGGCAUGAAUGGCUAGCCGAGGAGGACGACGACGCUGCCGAGAGACGGCCGAAGAAGAGCGCGGAAUCGACGCCCGACAUGAUCGACUACAUCAGCUCUAUGUUCCAGCGAAAGUGGAUGCCACCCUUUGACGGUCAGGCAAUGAUCAUAGGACACCAGCACUUUGUGACCUUUGACGGCACCAUGUACUCGGCUACCGGCGACUGCACGUACCUGCUGGCCAGGGACUUCGUCGACGGCAACUUCACCGUGCUCCUAAAGUACCACCCAGAGAACCCUCGCAUCCACGGUCGCGUGCCAAAGUCCAUCAUCGUGCAGCUCGGACAAAGCUACAUCGAGAUCUUCCCUGACGAUGGAUCUAUGUUCCUGAAUGGACAGGCUGUCGAACUGCCCCUGAUCCUCGAGGGAGGCGAGGUGAUCGCUCGCCGCGUGGACGACGUGAUCACCGUCGAAGACGAGAAGGCGCUGCGCGUCUCCUGCCACCUCUACUAUGAUGUGUGCACCGUCAAGAUCAACGGCUGGUACUUCGGAAACACCGCGGGCCUGCUGGGCACCUACAACAACGAGCGCGGCGAUGACCUCAUGAAGCCCAAGGGACAGGUGACCAGCAACGUGGCGCAGUUUGUGAAGAAAUGGGAAACCAGCCGUGGCUGCAAGGGACCCGUGAGCGUGCUAAGCGAACAGGUAGCCGUCGACUCCGAGGGCUACAAUCUGUGCGAGAAAUACUUCAAGGACGACGACUCUCCGCUCGCCGAUGGAUUCUGGCAGGAGUCUCCCGAGCCAUACUUCGACCUUUGCCUCCGCCACAUGGCCACGCCAGGAAUCGAGCCGCGCCACGCAAUCUGCAACAUCUCAAUGGCGUACCUGCUCCAGCUGGAGAAGUACUCCAUUUCUGCAAACCUUCCUUCCGAAUGCUACACGUGUUCACUACCUGGAGGCGCGACCCUGAAAUUCGGCGACUACCUCACCCUAGGCAGCGACAACAGCGCACCGCGUCGUCCGUCAAGCAUGGACAUUGUUCUGGUCGUCGAGGAGGACGCCUGCCAUGCGGACGUCGUGCGCGAGCUGGACAACACCAUGAGGAUUGUCGACAAGGAACUGCUCAGCGCGGGAUUCUCAAACAACAGGUUCGCCUUGAUCGGCUUCGGCCAUGGCAGCGGCCACAACAGCAUGCCCCAUGUACGCACCGCCCGCGGUAGCAUCUUCUUUGAGUCGCACAACCUGCCACUGGCCACGCAAAAGAUGCGGCUCGAGGCACCUGCAAACUCUGAUGGCCGACCCGUGAACAAAGACGUGUUUGACGCCAUCCGCUACGCGUCACUGCUGCCGUUCCGCGCCAACGUUGCCAAAGCCAUCAUCGUCAUCGCCUGCGCAGACUGCAAAGAGGAACAGAGCGAGCUGUCGUACUCGGAUAUCCAGACUCAACUUCUUGACCAUGGUAUCACCCUUCACUUCGUUUCCGACAAGCGCAUCGAAGUGCGCAAGAGCAUCAUCAAGGGCAAGGGCAUCUACGGUGUGGACGCCGACUCCGUCUACGGCAGCAAGGACGUGAGCCAGAAGAUGCUCCUGGGACAGCCUGAUCUGAGGCCCCAAGUGGCCGUGGCCAAGGACAUCUGCAUUGCACUCGCCCAGGAGGUUCACGGCAGCUUCUUCAGCUCGGCUAUGCUGCGCUCAGAUGGCAAGAACUGGAAGACAGUGUUUGCGCGACGAGUCGCCAAAGCCCUGAAGCCCGCCAAGCAGUACGGAGGUGCGGAAGACUACUGCGAGCGCUGUGAGUGCACGCACGGCUCGGACGUACGACCGCAAGUCGUUUGCAGGCCGUGCAGGCCACUGAAACCCAAGGUGCCGCUCGCACUGUACACAGCAGAAGACUGAACAUUCACAUCGCAUUUACUUCGAGGUCAUUAGAGAGGGAUGACUGAAAUCAGCAUUUUUUUCGCAUUUAAUAAACUGUAUAGGGAUGUUUUUAAAUAU